AGCGCGCUCCCGCCAGCGCGUCACGUGACACGGCUGAGGAACCUGAGCUCGGGGGCCUAAGCCGACAUAAAGUCGUUGCUGGAGACCACUGCGGGUGCAAGCCCAGAGGCUCGCCCAAAGAAGUGGGUCGUGGAGAGGAAGCCGGGGAGGUCGAUGCUGCCUUCCCCUUCCAAGUCAGGUCAGCUCCCGUGGGCUUCUCACCGUUCGCCGCGCGCGGGUCCCGAGCGUGUGCAUGCGCUCUCUCGGCGGGCACGCUCCGGUGACCAUGUAGGAGGAGACCGCGGGGAAGCUCCGCUGCCUGGGCCGAGGUCCGCGCUGCCGCCCUCCACACCCCCGGAGCGGCCCGCGGGGAUCCUGGGCCCUGCUGGCAACUCCGGCCUCCGGUGGAGGCCUGGCCGGGAGCGCCACGAAUUCUCGCUCCGUCUCGCGAGAGUCUAAGUUGAGGAACAUGGCGACGUCUAAUCUGUUAAAGAAUAAAGGCUCUCUUCAGUUUGAAGACAAGUGGGAUUUCAUGCGUCCAAUUGUUUUGAAGCUUUUACGUCAGGAAUCUGUAACAAAGCAGCAGUGGUUUGAUCUAUUUUCGGAUGUGCAUGCAGUCUGUCUCUGGGAUGAUAAAGGCUCAUCUAAAAUCCAUCAGGCUUUAAAAGAAGAUAUCCUUGAGUUUAUUAAGCAGGCACAAGCACGCGUACUGAGCCAUCAAGAUGACACAGCUUUGCUAAAGGCCUAUAUUGUUGAAUGGAGAAAAUUUUUUACACAAUGUGAUAUUUUACCAAAACCUUUUUGUCAACUAGAGGUUACUUUAAUGGGUAAACAAAGCAGCAAUAAGAAGUCAAAUAUGGAAGACAGUAUUGUUAGGAAGCUCAUGCUUGAUACAUGGAAUGAGUCAAUUUUUUCCAAUAUAAAGAGCCGACUCCAGGACAGUGCCAUGAAGCUGGUACAUGCCGAGAGGUUAGGAGAAGCUUUUGACUCUCAGCUGGUCAUUGGAGUCAGAGAAUCCUAUGUUAACCUUUGCUCGAAUCCUGAGGAUAAGCUUCAGAUCUACAGGGACAAUUUUGAGAAGGCAUACUUGGAUUCAACAGAGAGGUUUUAUAGAACACAGGCACCAUCAUAUUUACAGCAAAAUGGUGUGCAGAAUUACAUGAAAUAUGCAGACGCUAAGUUAAAGGAAGAAGAAAAGCGAGCGCUGCGCUACUUAGAAACAAGGCGAGAAUGCAACUCUGUUGAAGCACUCAUGGAAUGCUGUGUAAAUGCCCUAGUGACCUCAUUUAAAGAGACCAUCUUAGCAGAAUGUCAAGGCAUGAUCAAGCGAAAUGAAACUGAAAAGUUACAUUUAAUGUUUUCAUUGAUGGACAAAGUUCCUAAUGGGAUCGAGCCAAUGUUGAAAGACUUGGAGGAGCAUAUCAUUAGUGCUGGCCUGGCUGAUAUGGUAGCUGCUGCAGAAACUAUUACUACUGACUCCGAAAAAUAUGUUGAGCAAUUACUUACACUAUUUAAUAGAUUUAGUAAACUUGUCAAAGAAGCUUUUCAAGAUGAUCCACGAUUUCUUACUGCAAGAGAUAAGGCAUAUAAAGCAGUUGUUAAUGAUGCUACCAUAUUUAAACUUGAGUUACCUUUGAAGCAGAAAGGAGUGGGAUUGAAAACUCAGCCUGAAUCAAAAUGCCCUGAGUUGCUUGCCAAUUACUGUGAUAUGUUGCUGAGAAAAACGCCUUUAAGCAAAAAACUAACUUCUGAAGAGAUUGAAGCAAAGCUUAAAGAAGUGCUCUUGGUACUUAAGUAUGUUCAAAACAAAGAUGUUUUUAUGAGAUAUCACAAAGCUCAUUUGACCCGACGUCUUAUAUUAGACAUCUCUGCUGAUAGUGAAAUUGAAGAAAAUAUGGUAGAAUGGCUAAGAGAAGUUGGUAUGCCAGCAGAUUAUGUAAAUAAGCUUGCUCGAAUGUUUCAGGACAUAAAAGUAUCUGAAGAUUUGAACCAAGCUUUUAAAGAAAUGCACAAAAAUAAUAAGUUGGCUUUACCAGCUGAUUCUGUUAAUAUAAAAAUUCUGAAUGCGGGUGCAUGGUCUAGAAGCUCUGAGAAAGUCUUUGUCUCACUUCCUACUGAACUGGAGGAUUUGAUACCUGAAGUAGAAGAAUUUUACAAAAAAAAUCAUAGUGGUAGAAAAUUACAUUGGCAUCAUCUCAUGUCAAAUGGAAUUAUAACAUUUAAGAAUGAAGUAGGUCAAUAUGAUCUGGAGGUCACUACGUUUCAGCUGGCUGUGUUGUUUGCAUGGAACCAAAGACCUAGAGAGAAAAUCAGCUUUGAAAAUCUCAAGCUUGCUACCGAACUCCCUGAUGCUGAACUUCGAAGGACCUUAUGGUCUUUAGUAGCUUUUCCCAAGCUCAAACGGCAAGUUUUGUUAUACGAACCUCAAGUCAACUCACCCAAGGACUUUACAGAAGGUACCCUCUUCUCAGUGAACCAGGAAUUCAGUUUAAUAAAAAAUGCUAAAGUUCAGAAAAGGGGUAAAAUCAACUUGAUUGGACGCUUGCAACUCACUACCGAAAGAAUGAGAGAAGAAGAAAAUGAAGGAAUAGUUCAACUAAGAAUAUUACGAACCCAGGAAGCAAUCAUACAAAUAAUGAAAAUGAGAAAGAAAAUAAGUAACGCUCAGCUGCAGACUGAAUUAGUAGAAAUUUUGAAAAACAUGUUCUUGCCACAAAAGAAAAUGAUAAAGGAACAAAUAGAGUGGCUAAUAGAGCACAAAUACAUCAGAAGAGAUGAAUCCGAUAUCAAUACUUUCAUAUACAUGGCAUAGUUUUGAAUAUCAUGGACAAUAUAGAGAACCCAGGGUUUGGAGUGAUUAGGCAGAAAGUUGUCCCGGUGAGAGACGGAGAAAGGUUUACUUGGACUUUGACUACAUAAAUAUUAAACUCUGCCUUACCUUACAAACAACUACAUUUCCCAGUCACGGUAGUUAGCAUGAUGGCAUUCCCUUCAUGUUGCACACUCACACAGCAUGUUGUUUUGUGGAGAAAAUUGCAUUCAUGAAGAGCCCAUUAUGAACUUUUUAAAGCCAAUUCGAUUUUUACCCACAAAGAGAAAUACAGCUGGGAAGGGGUGGGAGGGAUUAUUGAUUUUUUUUUCUCUGAAAAAAAAAAAUGUACUUGCACAAAGAAGGAUAUUCAGAUAUUCAUGCACUGAAAAAUGCUAUUAUCUUUCAUUGAAAAAAAUGAAAUUAAAACUAGAAGUAACACUUGGCUUCAUUUGAUGAAAAGAAUGAACUUGUUAACAUCACAUUGGGAGAGGGCAGGUGUAUGUGAGAUGAUUAAAUAUUUUAUAGCAUCAAGUUGUUUGUUAGGACACUGCUUUCAGUUUAAUAACUGGAUUUUAAUGGUGACCUAAAAAAAUGGUAUUUAAUCUUUCCGCCUUACAAAUCUUGAUUUUUCACUAAGCAGGAAAAUAAGAAGCUACCUUAGUUGUUUGUGGUUAAAUAAUGAGAUUUUUUUGUUUUUUAAAUCUUACAUGGCUGGAGAACCUGUUUUGAAAAAGUAAGAUUUAUAUUGUUGCUUCAGUUGUUGAAAAGAAUGUUUGGAUAUAGAUAGGUCAUGAUUGCAGAGUCAGAAUGCAAAACAAACAUUAGGUGUGCUUACUAACACAUUUAGUACUUGUACACCUAAUAUUUGUUAUGCCAUAUCUAAGUUGAUUGAAAACAAUGCAGAAAUCUACUCUGGUAUGAAACUGCUAUGGCACUGAUCUCAGUCUGUAGCAUAGAACUGUUUUGGUGUUUGAAAAUGUCAUGAUUAGGGACUUACAGCCUCAGGUUUCUCGAAAGAAUGGCAUUCUGAAUUAAACAUUAAUGAUUAUCAGUCACUUAGGAGGAAGGGGAAACUGUAUAACAUAAGACCUGGAAAGCAUAAGCAGAGUUGUUACAACCAACUCUUAAUGUGAGCAGUAAACUUGCCAAAUAUGUACAUAUAUAUUUAUAUAUUUUAAAAAUAAACAUUUUUUAAAUGUUCAGAAGGCAACAUUUACCUUGUUCCUCUCCGUCAGUCUAAACGGCAACUUAUUAGUUGCUGGCAUUGAAUGAAUACCAAGAGCAGUGGAAAUUUUAGAACUUGAGGACUUGAACAACUGAAAGAGAAGAAUUUAUUCUCUAUCAGGAAAAAAAUGGCUCAACAUGGAUUUUAAUUCUUUGUGGUGCAUGUUUCAUCUUUUCUUGAAAAUUAUUUUAUAUCUUUUGGAUGUUAAGUAAUUGUAUGGUUUUGAUAAUAGUAGAAAAUGGAGUGUGAAAACACAUACAGUAUUAUAUUAUUGCAACGUGCUUUUAAGAGCAUUUGUGGAAUUUGUCCCCAACCCAAGAGCUUUGUGAGCUCGCUGCUGGAAAGAAGGAAAGAAUAUUUAAGGUUUUGCUGAUUAUAUUCAAAUAUCUGUUCUGAAACUCAUAGGAAAUUGGAAUUUUGUUUAUAAUUUAAAUUCAUACACUUUGCCUCUAAUAAGUAGCUAUUAUUAGAACAAAUACUGUGAGCGAUUAAUAUUGCUCAUUAUUUUCUCUAAGUAGAUGUCUUCUAUCAAUGGAUACAUUUGAAGUUUAAAAGAAUUCUUUUAAUAACUGACCCUUCUAUUUAACCAGUAGUCUGGUAUUUGGCAUAUGUGCCUAUCCCAAUAUAAGAAUGCCAAAGGAGGAAACUUAUAGAUCAUUUCUUAAUGUUUAAGAUUUGUUUUAAACCAUACUUUUUUCUCAAAACUACUUUGAGAUUUCAUAAUCCUUUUUGAUCAUUUAAGAAUGAGAGCCAUGAUGUUUUGAUUUUUAAAGGCAAAUUUAAUGCAAAGUGGGUAACACUAAGUCCAUAGCAAAGUUUUCUAUCAAAUUUUUAUAAAUUUUUAAUAGUUAAUUAUGUCCUAAUUGUAUUUUGGGGAAUGAACAGCAGUAAAUACUGUAGACUUAACAGUUUUCAUCUUUUUUUAAUAUAUAUAUAUGCAUAUAUAUAUAUAUAAACACACACACAAAAGUUUAACUGCUUUUGGUGUUUAUCAAAACCAUUUAGUUGAUAAGGUGCCUAUACCAUUGUUGAAAUUUUCUUUAAAUAUGUUUUGACAAUAGAUUUGCUAAUUAAAAAAGAAGAAUCUGAAAAACUUUUAGCAGGAUUUUACUAAAGGUACGGUAUCAGAUUUUAUAUUCUUCAUCCAAUUUCUUUUCUCCCUUCUGCACGUAAAAUUUGUAUCAUCCAAGCAGGGCUGAAACUUGGCUUAGUGCUGGGGAAAGAAAAGCCAGCCCUGCUACCACCAAACAAGCAUUGGAUUUACUAUGCACACUUAUCAUCACAUAUAGAUAAUCCAUCUGAACAUGUUACCUUCAUUGCCACCUCAUGGCCAGAGGAAGUAGACAUGAAACAAAAUUUACUGUGAAAAUACAGAACACAUGUGAUACAGUAAGAUAAAUAUUAGAACAUCAUUAUUUCAAUAAUAAGAAACCUUGAACUAAAUUCUGAAGUCUUCCAAUUUAUAUGUUUAUUGGAAGAAUCUCUGAGUUUAUCAACUUGUUCAUUUAAGUCUCUUGCUUUUACUUUGUGUAGAAAUGUCUUAAAUAUCCAAAGUUGAAAUAUUACCACUCUUUAAAUUUAAUAUAAAAUAUGACCUUUAUUUUGCAUUACUUGUAGUAGGAUAUCAUUAGUCCUGCUCCAAGGGCAGAUUUAAAUUUUUCAAUUCAGAUGAAAGAUUUGCUAGUUUUACAGAAAGAUUUACUAUCAUAAACUCAAGCUGGUUUUUCUAUUUUCAUUUAAAUGACUGGGGUGCUGUCUUAAAUUCUUCCAGGGUCAUGGUUGAGAGCAUUCCUGUCAUCUACACUCUGUGGUCUAGAGUGUUGAACAGGUUUGAGUUCCUACAGUGCAGUGUAAUCUGUCCUCAUGGUCUACACAACUUUGAGUGUGCACCACUACACACUGAAAUGACAAUGCUGUACAAUCUGCAAGGAUAGCAGUUUCUGUAUGCUGUAGGCUGAAAUAUUUUGAUGAACUGCUUAAUUGUUGGAUUUUAUUUUUUAAGUUGUAUAAUUUAUUUUCUUGCAAAAUAAAAUGUAAUAUAAAAGCUUUCACCUAUUCAGAAAAUA